AUGGCGAGGCUGGCAGCGUUGGUUCGCGGGCGUGACGGACCGCGGGUGGCAGUCGGCGACAGGAACGCGGAGCCGAGCGAGCUCAAGCAGGCGGGCUGGCUCAAGGUGCUCGGCGGCGUGGUGCGCACGCCAGAGGACGCGCAGUACACGUGCACACGGAGUGCGGCGAGGAUGCUCGACUACGCGAUCUGCCCGGAGCCGUUCCAGUGCAUGCUCGCGCGCGCGGUCAGCGACCAGAGGGGCCCAGGCGAUCGCUGCGGCGUUCGGAAUUAUAUUCGGGGUGAGACCGAGUCGGCGGCCCAGAGGAUGCCCCUCCUCCCCGGGCCGCUACCCUUGCCCGACGUGCCGAAGAGGCGGGCCGAUCCCAACAGCAAGAGGAGCAGGCAGAAGGAGAAGGGCCGCCAGCAGAGGGGCUUCAACGAGGGGAUUGCGUGCGCAGCGGAGAACGCGGUGGAGGUUGAUUUCGUGGCCGCCCGCUGCUCGGACGCCCCUGUCGAGUGCAGGAGGGUCGACCAGGAGAUGGAGGAUCUGUUCGGCGGCUACGAGUCCAGCGUGGAGGACGACGAAGUCAGCGACUACGGCGAGAUGAAGGCCGAGAAGGCGACCAAGCCCAGCGCAGACGAGGUGUUCGACAUUCCGGGGGCCCAGAGAGACGAGAUCUGGCAGCUCAAGAUCGCUCAGGCUUGCGAAGAGGACCGUCGCGCCUGGCGAACGCCACCCAGCUACAUCGCGGACUCGGCGGCGUACCAGUUCGACCCCUUCGGCGCCAUGGAGCUGGGCGCGCAGUUCGGUGAGGCAGUGAACUUCACCACUAGAGCCGAGCGGAUGAGUGACAACGUGGCCAGCGAUGCAGACAGCUCCAUCACGUUGUGGGGUACCUUGUCAUCUUACCUGGUCGAGUUGCAGCGCUGCCGGGAUCAGGGCCAGCGUAGUCAACACCUGCGGAGCCGCAUCCAGGAGAUGAGCAGGACUUCACCAAGCGGAGGCGCUGCCAAGAUGGCGAGCAAGCAGAAGAGGAAGUGGCGCGCCACCUUGGCCGAGGUGCACAGCUUGAACACCGAGCAGCUCCAGCCCCUUGGCGCGGCAGCUCUCGCCGCGGCCAGGAAGGGCAAGCGCGCGGAGGUGAACGAGGCGCUCAUCGCGUACACCAACUGGGUGCAGGAGCAGGAGGCGGCGGGCAGUGGCAAGCUUCACCGACGCACGCGGGACAAGCCCAGGUGCGACAACGAGGUCAGGACCAACGACUGGGCGGCCUCCAACAUGGUCGGGUACAUGGACGCCAAGGGUGCGCAGUGGAAGAAGAAGAAGAAGUGGGCCAGCAACUACGCUCGCGCCGUCGUGCUGGACAAGCUUGAGGUCACCAGGGCAGCGGCCUUGGAGGGGGACUGGGCCCCCAUCACCUUGGAGAGCCUCAACGGCGCGAUCCACGGCAUGUCCAAGAGCAAGGCGAAGGGCGUCGAGCAGAUGGGGGCCCUCGCCUACACGUGGCUCCCUCCCAGCGCCAGGGCCGAGCUGCUCAACAUCCUCAUCCAGGAGGCGCUCGCCCGUUCUUUCGCCGACGAGGUGCUGGAGUGGGCGCCCAUGAAGGUUUACACGGUGACGGCGUUGUGGGACCUAGCGGGGUUCGACGACACGUUGGAGCCCCUCCUCAUCCUGGGCGAGGGGCUUCGCCUCGGCCUCCCAGCUCGCACUUUGCACCUGGAGAUGCUGAGCCACCUGCGCACAAGGCUGGCGCGCGAGCGGGCGACCUACGCGGAGCCGAUCUCGCCCGAUAGGUCGAUCUGCGCGGGCGCCAGGCGAGGCAUCGACUUUGGCAGGGUGGCGCUCUACGCGACCUUGGGGCAGGCCAGCGCGAAGUACCAGCAGGUGUACGUCCGCUCGCGAGAGGUGAUCAAGCAGCUCACUGGCGCUGGAGUGGACUUUGCUGCCGGGGCCAGGAAGGCCAAGCUCGCCCUUUCGAGCAAGUCCACCCUGAUCGGCAACGACAUGGACGUGGUCAAGGAGGUUGCGCUCAGGCUGAGGAGCCGCAACAUCAAGGUCAAGGUAAAGGGCCAGGCGCCCGACCUGGAUAUAGACAGAGGUCCCAGCACGGUGACCAAGUGGAGGAGGAGGUUGGCCUCGGUGGUAGCCCCGCGCCUUCGGGGCCGCUGCCUCACGACGCUGCUGCAGCUGGAGAUCGGCGUGGGCGAUCCUGCGUUUGGCACGGUCUUCGCGCUGCUGGACUCGUGGAUGCACAUCGUCAGCGACCCGCAGAGGAGGAGGAAUGUGUGCAUCAUCUGGCCUCGCAUCGUCUCAGCCAUGCAGAAGAAGAGGCCACAGCACAGGUGGCGGGGUGUAGCGGGCUUCACGCGCGCCAUGGUGCUCACGUUGGUGGACCUGGAGUGGCAGCCCCUGGGACCAUGGCACUGGGUCUCGAAGGAGGGCGAGGUCUUCGGCGGCGACGGCGAGAACGCGCUGGACGGCGACGUGGACCUGAGCGACCUAAAGGCGGCGAUCAAGAGCACGAUUGGAGUGAAGCAGUGGGCGAGGGCCGCGCAGCAUUUUGCAGGCGGCGGACUGGAGGAGGGAGCUGACCUCCGCUCAGCGAAGAGGAAGCUAGGCAAGUUGCGCAGGAAGGGCCAGUGCGACAAGGUGGGCGCGUUCCUCGCGAUCAUGACGGGAGGAGUGUGGCCGCGGCAGCGCGUGGCGGACCUCGGCAUCGAGAUCGAAGACGUCAUGUGUGCGGAGCUGAUCGAGAGCUCCGGUGACUUGCAGGUCCCGUCCAACGGCGCGGAGGAGAGCAUGACCGACGGGUGGCUCAUCGCGGCUGGUGAUGCGUCGGGCGGCGAGUACUCGAAGGGCACAAGGCUGAGGAGGGUGUCUUGGGGCUGGGUAGUCUUCAACAGCGCGAGCCCGAUCGAGGCGAAGGUGGUCGCGGGAAGCCGCGGCGCUCUCGCGGGUUGGAGGCAGAGCGUCAACCGCGGGGAGCUGAUGGCGCUGAAGGACGUGAUCAUCUCAGCUGGCAUGGGCAAGCAUCGAGGAGGGAGGAUGCCCAAGUCCCACGUCGACCUGUGGAAGGAAGUCAAGCAGGGCAUCGUCGGCAAGCAGGUCGAGAUCAUCAAGGUGGAGAGCCACAUGUCGGCCCAGGAGGCGCUGGACACAGAGGUCAACCCGAUCGACUGGCUCGGGAACGUGCUAGCGGACGAUUUCGUGGACGGCAUCGUGGAGUCGGUGCAGGUACCUCGCGCACAGGCGAGGUCUGUGGGGUUCGCGAAGGGCGUCGCGGAGCUCAUCAGGGACCGAGCGCACCUGGCGCUCGUGGCAUCCAUCGAGGCGGAGCCGUCACAAGUCCCGAGUGUGAAGACCAGGCAGGAGGCCCACGUUAAGAUGCGCAGGCGGGGCAAGUUGUUGGAGGGGACCAAGCAUAACAUCGCCCACGACGUGAGCGGCAAGCAUUUCAGGUGCCUGAGGUGCGGGUCUCUCGCGCUGAUGGCCACAGCGGAUGAGUGGCUGGCAGGAGAGUGUAUCGCCUUGCAGAGGGCGGACGCAGUGCACGGCUCUUUGAGGAGCAGGCCGAGGAUUGCGAAUCAGGAGGCCCACGAGAGCCACGUGGUGCUGUACGAGGAGGAGUUCGGCCUUCACUACUGCAAGAAGCAUAACCUCUCGAGGAUUGCGAAGGGCCUGCAACCAGGGACCAGCGCGCUGGCGAUGGCCUUCAACAUGAGGAAGAGAGGACGGAUCUGA